CACUUUACACCAACUUACACAUAUAGAAGCACACCUUUCCUUCAACUUGCAAGCUUCCACAACUAAAUAGAAGCUCCAUAGAGAGAGGGGGGCAAUCAGCAACAUCUUCCAAGAUCCAAAAAGGUUGAUAGAUAAGGAAAAGAAGCAGGGAAAUGAAUAAUCUUGCACCAGGCUAUCGUUUCUACCCAACAGAAGAAGAAUUAUUGAGUUUUUACCUUCGCAACAAGCUCAACAGCAGGAGAGAGGACAUGGAACGAGUCAUCCCCGUCGCCGAUGUGUACUGCUUCGAUCCAUGGCAGCUCCCUCAGAUUUCAGGAGAGCCAUGCAUUCGAGACUCCGAGCAAUGGUUCUUCUUCUGCCCAAGGCAAGAGAGGGAAGCUCAUGGGGGUAGACCGACUCGAACCACACCUUCCGGGUACUGGAAGGCCACCGGCUCCCCUAGCCUCGUCUACUCCUCCGCCAACCGUGUCAUCGGUGUGAAGAAGACCAUGGUCUUUUACCAAGGAAGAGCUCCCACAGGAACCAAAACCAUAUGGAAGAUGAACGAGUAUCGGGCAUUUAAAGAAGAUGCAGCCACCACUAUGUCAACUGAAAUAUCAAAGCAACGAGGCGAAUUUAGCUUGUGUCGAGUCUAUACAAGAUCGGAGAUCAUCAGAGCAUUCGAUCGGCGUCCUCCCGUCGCGAUUACAGCAAGCGAGAGUCGAAGAACGCCUGAAGCGUUGCCCUCCAUGGAGACAAGAUUCAUGGCCAAGAGAGCCAGGUCUGAGGGUAGCUCCUCGCCCGAAGACGAUGUCUGCAGCCGCCCGAUGCAUCAUCGAAGAACCAAUGAUCCCAACGGAAUUGAGGACAAUGGUUGGGACUUGUUGGAUUGGGCUUGAAGAGAGAGAGAGAGAGAGUUCAAGCUCUCUCUCUCUCUCCCUCCAUAAUUAAUUUAUUUUUUUAUUGAUUAAUUCAAAAAAUAGAUAUUGAUUUCUUAUAACUUGGCAUCACUAAUUAUAAGGAGAGAAAGGGUAGGAAAAAAGAAUAUGAAAAAGAGAAGGAAAAAAAAAGUUUGAAGAGGAGAGAUAUAUAAUGCUUAGAGCAACUCUAGUCGUAUGGCCGACAGGCCAAACUUGGGUUUGAUUAGUUUUCUUCUAUUGACUAAUGGUGGAAUUAUUCGGCACCGCGUUCAUCUCAUCGUCAUCAGUCAAUCGUCACCCAUGACGCGUUUCAAAGUGUCAAGUUGCUUUCACCUAUUUGUAUGGAUCUCAUGGAGUAAAAUUCCACCUCGUCAAGUGGUACAUCACACAGGGUGGCGAGACAAAAGCUCGUUUCAAGUGGGUGAAUGAGCCAUGAGCAACUGGGGUCAUGCAAGCCUUGGGCUUGAACAGUUUAUGAUUUGGACUCGCAGGAGCAAAUCGGGCCCCAAGAGCUCAACCAAAGUCUAUAAGGAUUUGGGAAACCCCGGCCCAAAGAGCUUGAACAGUUUAUCAUAAAGCCACACACUAUUUCACUUACUCUCUCUCCUCUCUCUUAAAGCUAA